GUGUCAUUGACGUCUGUACAUGCAUUAUAAUGCUUUCCAGGGCAUUCUUCCUCAACGCUGCGCCCCCUCUAAAAGACAGCUGUGUGGUGGUUGGUCCAGAGAUCCCCGAUCAUCACAUUCAAGGUGAACCAGUUAUCAUAAAAUUCCCAUUUCUUGAGGAUGCAAUCCAAUACAAUCAAGUGCAACUGGACAACAGCUCAAUAUUCCACAUCUGUCACAACAAAACGGAAAAUGGGAGCAGUCUGAAGAGUUGUGAUAGGGUGAUGCAGAGUGAGCGUGGCAUCUGGCUCCUCCCAUCGCACCCUUCCGAUUCUGGACUUUACACUUAUGUUUUCAGGGGAGAUACAUUCUGCUUCACUGGAAGUAUUUCCAUAACCAUUUAUGAGGCAGAGGAACCCAGCAAGACUGUAAUGCCCUAUGCUGCACAUGCAGGAGAGGAUACAAGAAUUAUUUGCCCCUAUUUGAAAUAUUUCAAAAGGGCAGAAAAUCCAAAGUGGUACAAGGAUUUCCAGAGCACAGCUCUUCCUGACGGUAAAGGACGGUACGCAAUUGAGAGAGAAAGAAUAUUGACCAUCAAAAACAUCUCGAUGAAAGAUCAGGGCUUCUACACUUGUAGACUAAGAGUGAUUAUAAACAAUACUCAGUACAAUGUGAGCAGAACCUGGAGAGUGUCAGUCACAGAUCUUUCUAGCUCUGCACCUGUAACCUCUGAAAACCACAAAGCUUUAAUACCAUCAAGGGAUUUAUUUCCUUAUAUUAUCUUUCCUGUUAAUGGAUUCCUGAUCAAAAGUCACUGUGGUUCACGGUUGGAGAUUCCAUGUACAGUGUCCUUUGGGAACCAAUCAGCUGAGUCUACAGAAGUGACGUGGGUGAUUGAUGAGACAUCAGUGGAGAAUUCUUAUCUGGGUGAACGUGCCUUCCAGACAGAAAAGAAAAUCUUAGCCAAUCACAUUGAGGUGAAGCUGGUUAUCCUCGAACUACAAGAAGAGGACAAUGGAGCACAAUUAAAGUGCAUCAGUCAAAACCAGGCCCAAAAACAGGAAGUUGUUGCUCAAAUAAAAGUGGAAGUUCAAGACUCAGUGUCUGUGUGGUUGCUGGUAGCCAUGGCCCCCUGUUUUAUUGUUGUUGGGUUUAUUUUUCUGUAUCAUUUGUGCCGAAGGCAAGAGAAACAACAUGAUUAUGUUCUGGCUUCACAAAAUAUUGCCAUUUAAAAAUUCUACCCGUUACUGUGGGUGGUUCUGUCAUCUCGAUCUAUUUUGUUGAAUUUUUUUAUGUUUUUUAUGAUUUGGUGUCCUACCUCUUGCCCUUUUUUACUGUUAAGUUUGUUUACAGAUGUUUCUGCUAUUGUUGUAUGUUUCCAUUUUGUGCUAUUGAAGGUAGUGGCGGCUGGUGCUAAAGAUUUUUGGAGGCGCAAACAACCUUAAAAUCAAUUAAACUUUAACUGUAG